AUGCUCAAUCAAACGUUCCUAACGUUUUUGAUUUUUGUUUUGUUUUGUUUUGUUUGUUUGUUGAAUAUAAACUCGUUCGAUUGUUGUCCAAAUCACAGAUACAUGGAAUCGUUUUCAAUAAACGCGAUAUUGGGGCAGUCACUCCCAAGACUAGAUAAAACAACAGAUCCUGAGCGGGACAGUGAGCCAAAUAAACUGGUCGCGGACGCUUUCAGAGCAGGUUUGUGUCUUUCAAGCUAUCCUCUUCUGGCUAAAUGUAGCUUUCUCCUAGUAUAGAAUCUGCAACUACACCACUGGCGAUGGCCGGGGAUAUUGCUUACUACCAUGUAAUGCAUGCGGUCCUAAUUUGAAUUUUUAUUUUCUUGUUGUUGUGUCCUGUAGGGAGAGAUGAAUUUGUUGAGGGU